AUGCAUAUUACAGUAGCGAAAUUUGGUGGUUCAGAAAAUGUAUUCACGGUUGAGAUUGCAUCGGAUCUUUCUUUGAAGGAUUUGAAAGCGGUGAUUGAAGCUGAAUCUGAUUUUGGAAUAAAAGCAGACGAAAUGAGUCUUUUCUAUGAGGGAAAAUUACUCCCGGAUGAAAAUAAAACACUCGAACAAUGUAAAUUCAGUGAUUACGAUCUUAUCACAUGCCAACGAUCACGAUCUGCGGAGAGUGUGAAUAAUGGAGCGUCGGGUGGUGCACGUCGAAAUUUGAAUCCCCGCGAUCCUCGUCAACUUUUCGAAAUGCUUCGUUCCAAUCCCGAAAUGUUACAACAGAUACGUCAGAAUUCUCCUCAAGUCGCUGAUGCUGUUCAGCGCGGUGAUUUCGACACUUUCAUUCAACAUGUCGCUGCUCGAUCACCUGAAAUGCAACAACAAAUGGAACUCGAACGACUUGCUAGUCUCGAUCCAUUCGAUCCCGAAGUUCAACGACGCAUCCACGACAUUAUCAAUAUGCAAAAUGUGCAAGACAAUAUGGAACAUGCUGUUGAACAUGCACCAGAGGUCUUCGGUCACGUUGUUAUGCUUUACAUUAAUUGUAAAGUCAAUGGUCAUCUAGUGAAAGCAUUCGUUGACUCUGGUGCCCAGAUGACAAUCAUGAGCCAAGCUUGUGCAGAACGUUGUGGAAUCAUGCGUCUUGUUGAUCGACGUUUUAGUGGAAUCGCGAAAGGUGUUGGUACACAGAAAAUCAUCGGUCGAAUUCAUUUAGCUCAACUUGAAAUAGAAAAGCAUUAUUUUGCUACAUCUCUAUCUGUGUUAGAGGACCAACCGAUGGAUAUGUUAUUGGGACUGGAUAUGCUUCGGCGUCAUCAGUGUGUUCUGGAUCUGAACAAAAAUGUUCUUCGUCUUGCCAAUACUGUUGAAACUAGUUUUCUUCCCGAAUCCGAAUUACCGCAUCAUGCACGAUUGUCUGGAAAUGGCGCAGAAGCGGAAGAUGGCGAUUCAAUCCGAGCCGCUGACGGUCAUCAACAACCUCGUUCACAACAAUCAGCAACGGCUAGUUCUACUACAUCAUCCUCAUCAUCAUCGUUUCCAGAAGAUACAAUAAAACAUAUUACAAAAAGUGGUUUUACAAGGGAACAAGCAAUCGAAGAAUUAAAAGUGACAAAUGGCGAUCCUACUAAAGCGCUUGUUUCGCUCAUGGCAAAAAAUCUAUCAGUACCAAAACGAAAACGUUAA